AUGGCAGGUCUGCAAAGGUCUGAAAUAUCCUUCAGAAGACAAGGAUCAUCAGGCUUGGUGUGGGAUGACAAGUCCUUCUUAUCUGGGGAAUUGAUUGCACAAGAGCAAGAUCAGGAGAAGCCAAAAGCAGAGCAGCACCGACAAGAGGAAGCAACACAGAUUAAUGCAAAACCCAGAGAGCCAAGCUCAUCCCGGAGCGCCGUAAUCAGAUCCGCCGCCGCAUAUCGGACGGUGAAGGGGCCUCCGGCAGCCACCGACCCUCCUUCCCCAAAGCUCUCUGGUUGCGGCUUCUGUGCCAUUUUUGGGAAACCAGUUCAACCCAAAGCCACCCAAGCUCAUCCCCACUCCUAGUGCUCUCAUUAAUUAACUUGUACAUGUUCUUUCAGUACGUAAAUUGCUAGACACAGUUUCAGGUGAUCAUCUUCAUUAUAUCUCUGUUUCAUAUAUACAUCUGUGUGCGCGCGCCUGUGCUUCUGUCUUUUGUUUGGAUUCUCUCUUUUUUGAUCUCCCAAGAAAAAAUUAGAUAGAAAAUGAGUUGUAUGUAUAGCAAAAGCAAGUUCUUUUCUCGAUUUCA